GGAAGAUACACUUAGGUCGAUUCCCUGCCGGCGCAAGCAGUGUCAACGCCUGUUCUCGGGGAAGGUAUACUUGAUUUUAAAGUUUCUGCAUCGAUGUGCUUUUGUAUGAAGAAUUAUUCGUAUCUUGAAGUCUGUUUUUCUGCAUGACAAACUGAAAAUACAUAUCUCACGACUUUCAGGCACCGUCACGAGCCCGACAGGAGGUUUCACCAACAUGCAAGAAAAAAACUGUUCGGCGCUCAACCUCCGGAUUUGACGGACCUUCGAGCGUAUCAAAUAUAAAAAUGUCUGGGUCCGGAAGGUUGUAACUUUUGAUGCUGUCUUCGGAUUCGAAAAAAAUCUGUAUUGCAUGCCCAGCAAGAUGAGUUCAGUUUGUGCUACGUGGGGAGAGCAUUUCUCAUGCUGAAGAGGCAUCAGAAAGCCCCCUCAAAAUCUGUGAUGCUAGACCAUGCAUUACAGACCUCAACGAUCAUAAAAAACUUGCAUGACAAAUCUUCCAUUCUUCCAGACCCAGACAUAUUUGCAUUUGAUAGAGCGGGGCUGGGUAA